GGGAAAGAGAGCCCCACACAGUCCAAUUCAAAGCUCCCGCUAGUGCCAAGCCCGGUGUUUCCGAAUUUCCCGCUGACCGAGACUCCAGGUCCACAGAUCGCCCCUCGCAGCCGAUCCCCGAACCUGGCCUCGGCGGAGGCGGGAGGCAGAUGCGGACCUGCAGGCGUCAGAGACCGAGGACAGGGAGCGCGGGCCUCUGAAAGGCGGGGACUUGGUGGAAGCGGUCCAGUUCUCGCGAGGUUUCGUCCUGACGGGAACCGAUGACAGCUCCGCGGAGAGAGUGGGUUUCGCGCACCGGAGGGAGCCAAAGGCUCCGGGGUGGUAGUUGCUACCUGGGGUCCGAGCCGGGGGAGAAGCUGUCACCCGUAAAAAGCCAGUUCUCCCGAGAGGCACCCCUGGGGAAGUCCAAGGCACCGCUGGCCUCUUCCUUCGGCUGUGGAGGCAGCACAGGCAAACCUUGCCAGCUAAAGAGAACCGCUCUAAGCAGAAUACGCCAAGAACAUAAAUACAGGUGUCCGGGCUCCCGGGGAGCUGGAGCUUAAAGCGGAUCUAGUGAAACAAACCAGCGGCGUCUCCCCAGGUGGUCGUCCGGCGGCUGCACCCCAGCAUCACCAAGGAGCGGUUGGAACAGCAGCUGCACCUGCUGCCCGCACACCUUUACCACUGAGCUCAGGUGAGAAGACUUUACCAACAUUAAGAGGCCAACCUGGAGUUCCCUGGCGGUACUGUGGUUAGGACUCUGAGCUUUCACUGCUGGGCCUGGGUUCAACCCCUGGUUGAAGAUGGAGAAGCUCUAUACAGUCAAGCUGUAUAAAGAAGCUAUACAGUCAAGCUCUGUACAGUCAAGCUCUAAUCCACAAGCUGCACUGCAGGACCUUUGAUUUUCUACCUCUGAGGAACUGGCCUUCUAACCCUGGCUUUGUGCAGUAGAAAGACCGACCUAAAGUGCCUCUCCGAAAUCUUUAAAAAGAUCUGUUAAUAUUUUGUUUGGUUUUCUUGCUAAAGAACAUCCAGAUUGUUGAAAGUAACUGAGAGGUUAUUCUUUGGCAUAAAGGUUUUAUCUGAAGUAGUUUGUUGUAUCCAGGA